UUUAGAGAAAAACAUUUGCAAAAAUGAGUUUUGUAAUAGUAACAUUUUCAUUUGGAGGCAUGGCGAAAUUGUCAAGAUCAACGCAGGCGACGACGGACGGUUUAUAGUAGAGUUCGUGUUGGUGUUUAUCUUUCCCAAGUAUUUUUUUUUCUGCUUUCGACCAGCCAGCGAAUUUUCCGAUUGUCUUGGAUAAAGCGUGUUUGAAUUUGUAUCCUUGGUGCCAUAUGUGCUGGAAGAACAGUGAUCAAUAUGUGGGUGAAGCCACAAGAAGUUCUACUGGCAAAUGCUUUCUGGGUAACAGAACAAGCAACAGUAUAUUUUGUUUUACAACGUCGUAAGGGAUAUGGAAAAACCAAAGGUCUUAGCUCCAUAUUGGUGGGAACAUUGGAUAGCGUACUUGACACUAAACCCCCACCUUUUAGGAUUCUUCAUCAAACACCAUCAUCAGAAGUUUAUUGGGAAGUUGCGUGUUCCUUGACACAUGAUGAAAUCUUGCAAGAUUGGGAAUGGCUACACGCAAAUUUGAUGGAUACCUUAACUUCUUUCGAUACAGAAGAAGAAAUAACUGAAUUUGUUUGUUGCAAGGUACAAUCUAUUAUCGCAAACAGUGCUCCGGAUUGUCAAUUUGCAGAUGAAGAAGAUCCAGAAUCAUUUAAGACUAUGUCUUUUAAAUUCCAUCAACUUUUUAAUGUACCAAAGGAGGAUAAAUUGGUCAAUUACUAUUCUUGCAGUUAUUGGAAAUCUCGUUUACCUAGACAAGGAUGGUUAUAUUUGUCAGUAAACCAUAUGUGUUUUUAUGCAUAUAUUCUGGCAAGAGAGACUAAGUUAAUUAUAAGAUGGGCAGAUAUCACUGAAUUGGGCAAAACCAACUCUAUCCUUUUUCCCGAUAGUAUACGUGUUGUAACUAGGGACAAUAAAGAUCAUUAUUUUUCAUUGUUUCUACAUAAAUCCGAGACAUAUUCAUUAAUGGAACAACUUACAAAUAUUGCUAUGAAAAGACUUAUAGAUGAGAAGAGUGGUUUCAAUGAAGACAGAGAACUUUUAAACAAGUUAAGCAAGAAUAUACCUAAAAAACCGUCUUUCUUAAAAAGAGAUCUGGAUGCUCGAGCACACUCUGAAGCCUACAGAUUACAAUUCAGAUUACCAGGAAGUGAAAAGUUGGAUGGUAGUAUCGAUGCAACACUAUGGACGCCAUACAAUAAGAGAUACGUCUGGGGAAAAAUAUUUUUAUCUCAAAAUUACCUUUGUUUUGAAAGCAGGGUAAGAGGAUUAGUAAGUUUAGUCGUACCUCUGAGGGAGGUGAGGCUCAUAGAACCUGCCGAAAAUCAGUCAUCUAGCACAGGAAUAGAUAAGUCUAUUUUAGUGACAACUGCACGGUCGUCCUUUUUGUUUGCUCAGAUUCAUGACAGAGAUUUCGUUGUCCAAAAAAUAUCUGAAUUAUUAGCAAAAUCUAAACUGUCCGCUUUAAGUAUGACAGACAGUUUACCGUUCCAAAACAAUUUACCACAAAGUGAUAACAACUCUGAUGAAACUAAACCUGCUAAUCAGUGGAAACCUCAGCCACCGUUAAUGACAUUAUUUAAAGCCCCAUUAAGCAACGAAGCAGCAUUAAAACAGGAAGCUAAAGAGAAACAAUGGGAACUUCAUUUUGCAGAAUAUGGAAGAGGUAUUACAAUGUACAGAACAACAGAAACAGCGAAAUUAAUAAUUCAAGGACUACCGCAGACUCUCAGGGGAGAAGUUUGGCUCACAUUUUCUGGUGCUUUGAAUGAAAUGGUAAUGAAUCCAGGUGUUUACAAAUCAUUAGUUGACCAAUCACUAGGAAAAUCUUGUCAAGCAAACGAGGAAAUAGAAAGAGAUUUACAUAGAUCAUUACCGGAACAUCCAGCAUUUCAAUCUGAUACCGGCAUUAGUGCAUUGAGAAGAGUGCUUUCCGCGUAUGCUUGGAAAAAUCCACAAAUUGGUUACUGCCAGGCAAUGAAUAUAGUAGCUUCUGUUUUAUUAAUUUACUGCUCAGAGGAAUCUGCCUUCUGGCAAUUAUGUAAUGUAUGCGAAUCACUAUUACCCGAUUACUAUGACAGAAGAGUAGUUGGUGCUCUUGUUGAUCAAGGUCUUUUGGAAGAACUAGCUGCUGAACAUUUACCAACUCUGCAUGCUAGGCUACAAGAACUUGGUCUAAUCAAAGUUAUAUCACUUUCAUGGUUCUUAACGAUAUUUUUAAGCGUUAUGCCAACUAGCAGCGCAGUAAAUAUAAUGGAUUGCUUUUUCUACGACGGAGCAAAAGUCAUUUUCCAGAUAGCAUUGACAGUACUGGAAUGGAAUCAAGAUAAAUUGCUUAAUUGUCGUGACGAUGGUGAAGCUAUGCAGUUGUUAACAGAUUAUCUUGGAGGUGUAUACAAUGACGAGGGACCUAUAUUGCCUAGACCAGUUGAUAGUGCAACUCCCAACAGAAGUAUAUCUGUUCAAACUUUAAUAUAUGAAGCAUAUUCAAGAUAUGGAACAUUGACUAUUGGUGGAAUAGAAAGGCUUCGUUUGAAACAUAGACUUAGGGUAGUUCAAAGUUUAGAAGAGGGUAUCGAAAAGAAUGUAAUCAGAAGUGUUGUUGGUGACAAAUACAUGACGCUGGAAGAAUUACAGGAUCUGCUAAGUUUAAUUAGGGAAGAAUUAAUGAGUCAACGAAAAUCUGAACCUGAUCGUUAUGAUCCGACUCAGCCUCCUUACGAAGCGUAUAAAGUAGACUUCGAAUUAUUCAGGAUACUAUUCGGUGGUCUGUCUCCAUGGGGAAAGUGUAGUCAAGCUGAAUCUUUAGCUGCUCGGCUAUUCCGUUUGAUGGACCGUAAUCGUGAUGGUUUGCUAAACUUUCGGGAAUUAGUACAAGCUAUCGGAAUGACAGCGACUGCUGACUUGACGCAGAGAUUAAAGCUUUUGUAUACUCUGCAUUUACCGCCUUUACUCACACCCGUUGACUUCGAAUCACCAGUGCAUUCUGAUGGAGCAGAAGUAGCUGCAGAAGCUACAGACUUUUUCGAUAGUAUGGAACAAAGUGUCGCUUCCUUAGAGAUGCCAGUUAGUAUGGCAGAGGAGCCAUCCGCAGAGCCAUCCACUUUAUCUCGUUCAACAAGUUUGAAUAGUCAACAAGGAGAUCAGUCAUGGGAAAUUCAAAGCAUGGGCAGUUUACGCUCUAUGAUAGCGUCCAAAGACAGUCCACUGGAUCUAAAAAAUGUGCCAAAAAUGUCGCAGGGACACUUAAUAGCUUUAUGGAAAACUCUUUAUGACAUGUUCCCCGCACAACCAGAAGAACAAGAAACUUAUCAUUGUAUAGCUUCAAUAGGUACUCUUUUGCUUCAAUUAGGCGACGUUGGUAAAAAAUUUUAUGUUGAACGAGAUGAAUCUGAGGACAGUUUGCUGUUAACGGCUACAACUGCUGAGCAAUCAUCUUCCUCCGCAGAACGGUCACAUGAUCGGAACGGAAACCCAUUGAGCGUGUCGUCGUCCAUCUAUCCGGAAUGGUCAAUAAGCGUCGAACAGUUCCUGGCAUCUGCCUUAACAGGUCAAGCGAUUGUAGAUUUUUUUAGUAAACGAGCAGAUCUUACAGAUGCAAUUGCAACCCUAAAGAACCGUAGAUUUAAUCGCGUUCAUUCCUUGUCAGAUACACCUGUGUUAAAUGUAUGAUACACAGAUUCAGCUGUGUAUAAAGAUAGUGUAAGAUAUAUAUAAAAAUUUAUAAAGUGAUAGAUUGCCUUGGAUAAUUGACCAGCAAUUUCAUUUCCUAAGGGAAUUUUUGCAUUCGCUAUGAAUUAGGUAAAUGAAUGUUCGUUCGAAGAACAGAUAGCUAAUACAAAAGACAUUUUUGUAAAAAAGGAAGUGAAAGUAAAAGUGGAUUAGUAAUGUUUUAUUUGUUUCGAAAUAGGGGUAAAUAUUGAAUACGUCCAAUCAUUUAUGCCUACAAUAUUCCUGUUUAUUGAAAAUAAUUAUUAAUAUUAUACAUACCAGUUUAUUAUGUAGGCAAAAUGCAGAUGUUCUUCAAUUUCUUAAAAGACAAAAAUUCCUUGGCCUACAAGUGUAGUGAUCUGUGCAUUAAAAUUUGAAGAAUGAAUAGUGUAUACUCAGGGUAAAUAUUACAAAUGCAUUUCCAUUAACUUUCAUAGAUUAUUUGUGCAUGAAGAGCAAGUUUUCAGCAGUUGAUACUAACAAACAACAAAAAUAUUUUUUAAAAUCGAAUUGUUGAAUGUUUAUAAUACACAAUGAUUUUUCAACUAUAAUAGGAAUGAUAUAUGCACAAAAUUUAUGGUGUCAGUUAUUAGGCACAUUGCUUAAUCUUGUAUGUUUAUCUUGUAUACUUGAGUAAUAUAACAUUAAGCAGUAUUACUCAGAAAAAGUUAGAUAUAUGAAUAUUGAAAUUUGUCUAUAACGAACGAGAAUGUUAAAAUAAUAUAAUAAAUUUACAUUACAUUU